AUGGCUAAGGCUAUGGCUACAAAGUAUUUUUCUUCCUUCACCAGUAGAUAUGAGAAGCUUUUGGGGCUUUCUAAAUUCGCUUCUUUUGAUGAAACUCAAAUUCAUUCAGAAAUUACCGCCUUAAGAUCUAUUGUAAUGGCAGACCACACGCCAUCAGCUUCAGAGACUAUUAAAAUUUUGGCUACCGAGCCAGUGACCAUUGUAGGCCGUUCACAAAUUCAAGAAUUCAUGGACUUUUAUGGGGGAGAAGGGAUCCAGCACAUUGCCUUACUUACGUCAGAUAUCAUUUCAACGGUUACUAGCUUGCAUGCAAGGGGUGUGGAGUUUUUAAAAUGUCCUCCAAAAACAUAUUAUGAUCAUCUGCGCAAAGUUCUUGCAAGCGGUUGCGAGAGUGGCAAGCAUCCUGAAAUUAAAGAAGACAUCGAUGUCCUCGAGAAGCUGCAUAUUUUGCUAGAUUAUGAUGAGAAUGGAUAUCUGCUUCAAAUUCUCACAUGCCCUUUACAAGAUAAGCCCACAAUGUUUAUUGAGGUUAUUGAGCGCCAUGGCCACAAAGGAUUUGGUGAAGGAAACUUUAAAGCCCUAUUCCAAGCGAUAGAGCGCGAUCAAGCGGCAAGAGGAACACUCUUCACGGCUAGUUAG